AUUCAUUGUAAUGCAAUGCCAUUAAAGUAUGCAUUGUCCAGAAGAGGGAUUCCCAGCAGAUGUAUGCCAUGAAAUACAUGAGUAAAUCCCAGUGCCUGGAAAGGGAUGCCUUCAGGAAUGUGUUGCGAGAAAUUGAAUUAUUGGCACGACUUGAACACCCAUUUAUCGUCAACUUAUGGUUUACUUUUCAGAUAUAUACGUCUAUUAUAUAA